UCUCUCUCUCUCUCUCUCUCUCUCUCUCUCAUGGCUUUUCCAAAGCUCUUCCUUUCUCUGGUGCUGACAUGGAGCUUCUUGUCAUCGAUUGCCGUGGCCCGGGCCCCGCCGACAGAGCAGAGCCUGGCGGCUCGGCUGCAAGUGGAAAGUCCGGAUUGUUGGGGGUCGUUGAUAGAGCUUAAAGCUUGCACUGGAGAGGUCAUCCUCUUCUUCAUGAAUGGUGAAACUUACCUGGGACCCAGCUGCUGCAGGGCCAUCAGAAUCAUAGAGAAACAGUGCUGGCCCACCAUGCUUCUAUCGCUCGGAUUCACGUCCCAGGAGGGUGACAUUCUCAAGGACUACUGUGACGAGCCGGCUUCUCACCCUCCACCACCUGGGCCAGAGGUUCCUUCUAUCGGACCAUCUCUAGCCCCCUCUUCGGCCCUCGGUGCUAGUGGUGCACCUUGAAAGAAUUUCGGCAGUAGGAUUUAAAAGUCCUCUCUCUCUCUCUCUCUCUCUCUCUCUCUCUGAUAUGCUAAGUUUGAAAUGUACCUCUUACAUGUACUUUCAUGUGUAGGAAGGGUACAUAUAUUAUAUAAUAUUAUAUAGAGAAUUUUCUUUUCCUAAUUUCUUA